CUAACAGGAGCUAACCGGGGCUAACCGGAGCUAACCGGGACAGGAUGGCGACUCCGUGGUUCCUGAUGGACGUGAAGCGGAGGCUGACGGAGGCGGGACGUCACUACCCGCUCUUCUGCUUCCUGCUGAUGACGCUGCUCUGCGUCACGGUGGUGCUCAACAGCUACCUCCACAUCCUGCUGGUGUUCUGGUCGUUCCUGGCCGGUGUCGUCACCUUCUACUGUUCCCUCGGUCCAGAGUCUCUUCUGCCCAACGUGCUGGUGGCCAUCAAACCCAGAGUCCAGCAGCAGCAGCAGCAGCAGGAGCUGUUUCCUCUGGGUCACAGCUGUGCCGUGUGCGGGAAGGUCAAGUGCAAACGUCACCGGCCGACGCUGCUCCUGGAGAACUACCAGCCCUGGUUGGACCUGAAGGUUCCGUCCCAGGUGGACGCCUCCGUGGCAGAGGUGUUCGAGUUGGUUCUGGAGAACUUCGUGUUCCCCUGGUACAGGGACAUCACGGACGACGAGGCGUGCGUGGACGAGCUGAGGAUGACCUUUCGCUUCUUCGCCUCGGUGCUCGUCCGCCGAGCUCAGAAGGUGGACGUCACCGCGGUGUUUGCAGACAAAGUGAUGAAAGCUGCGAUGAAGCACAUUGAAGUGAUUGCCAAAGCUCGAGGAAAAGUGCAGAACGUGGACAGGUUACAGGCGACGGCGCUGGACGGAUACGGCGCCGACCUCCACGUGGCUCUGCGCAGCCGAAGGGACGAGCUGAUCUACUUGAGGAAACUGACUGAGAUGCUGUUUCCCUACGUGAUGCCGCCCAAGGCUACAGACUGCAGGUCUCUGGCUCUGCUGCUGCGGGAGGUGAUGUCCGGGUCCGUCCUCUUACCGACCAUGGACUUCAUGGCCGACGCUGACACUGUGAACCUCAUGGUGCUCAUCUUCGUUGAGGACACUCCACCUGAAGACGCCUGCGAGCCGCCCUCGGACCUGGUUCCAUUUCUACAGAAAUACGCCGACGUCAGCAACAAGAAGGCGUCUGUGCUGAAGCUGGAGCUGAAGGAGAUCCGGGACCAGCAGGACCUUCUCUUUCGUUUCAUGAACUUCCUCAAGCAGGAAGGAGCCGUGCACGUGCUGCAGUUCUGCCUGGCCGUGGAGGAGUUCAACGAUAAGAUCCUGAGUCCGGAGCUGAGCGACUCGGAGCUGCAGCGGCUGCACGGCGAGGUGCUGCACAUCUACGAGACCUACUGCCUGGACGAGAGCAUCGACAAGAUCAGCUUCGACCCGUUCAUCGUGGAGGAGAUCAGGAACAUCGCUACAGGGCCGUACGGCGGCGUGGUGAAGCUGCAGACCAUGCGCUGCCUGUUCGAGGCCUACGAGCACGUCCUGUCUCUGCUGGAGAGAGUCUUCACCCCCAUGUUCUGCCACAGCGACGAGUAUUUCCGUCACCUGCUGCGAGGAGCCGAGUCUCUGACCAGGAACUCCAGGAUCAGCAGGAACCCGUUGAAACGAGGGGAGACGUUCGGCAUCAGCAGGAUCGGAAGCAAAAUCAAAGGCGUGUUCAGGAGCACGACCAUGGAGGGCGCCAUCCUGCCGCCCAGCGCCAUGAGCGACAUGGACGACGACCUGGUGGAGGAGGCGACCGUGGUGAUGGAGGACGACGCCCCCGCCGAGCCGGCCAGCGCGGCAGGCGCCCUGAGGAACCUGUCGGCGUGGAGCAUCACCAUCCCCUACAUCGACAUCUACGACGACGAGGCCAAGAGAGAGCGGGUCCCCGUGUUCUGCAUCGACGUGGAGCGCAAGGACAGGAAGACAGUCGGUCAUGAGACGGAGAAGUGGUCGGUCUUCAGGAGAUAUCUGGAGUUCUACGUCCUGGAAUCCAAACUGACUGAAUUCCACGGCACAUUUUCAGACGCACAGCUUCCGUCCAAACGAAUCAUCGGACCGAAGAAUUAUGAAUUCCUCUCAUCAAAGAAGGAAGAGUUUGAAGAAUAUUUGCAGAGACUCGUGCUGCACCCUGAGCUCAGUAACAGUCAGCUGCUGGCGGACUUCCUGUCUCCUCACAGCGUGGAGUCCCAGUUCCUCGACAGGAUGCUGCCGGACGUCAACCUCGGGAAGAUUUUCAAGUCCGUCCCAGGGAAGCUGAUCAAAGAGAGAGGACAGAACCUGGAGCCGUUCAUCCAGAGUUUCUUCAACUCCUGCGAGUCGCCCAAACCCAAACCCAACCGCCCGGAGCUGACCAUCCUCAGCCCGACCACGGAGAACAACAAGAAGCUUUUCAACCACGUGUUCCAGAACAAUGCGAACGUGUCGGAGAGUUCAGAGAAGAGACACAACCACAACUGCUUCCUGGAGCUGGUCAGCGUCCAGGGCAUGUACGACUGCAUGAUGCACGUGGGUCGGGUGGUCUUCCACGUGCCCGACUGGCUGCACCACUUCCUGUCGGCCGGGAGGAUCCUGCUGAAGAACACGUUCGAGGCCUACAUGGAUCAGUACAUGCAGGUCAGGCUGGAGCAGGUUCUGCAGGAGCAUCGCAUGGUGUCGCUCAUCACGCAGCUCCGAGACGCUGUUUUCUGCGAGAGCAGCGAGGAGCGAAGCCCCGAGGACAAGCAGCUCCGAGCCAAGAGGACCUUCGACGAGAUGAUGAAGUAUCUACCAGACGUCGUGGGAAAGUGCAUCGGAGAGGAGGCCAAGUACGAAGGAAUCCGUCUCCUGUUCGACAGCUUCCAGCAGCCGCUGCUCAACAAGCAGAUGACCUACGUCCUGCUGGACAUCGCCGUGCAGGAGCUGUUCCCUGAACUCAGCAAGGGUGCGAGGGAAUCGAACAGCGAGUGAGAGGCGACGCCGCUGCGUCCACGACCCGAACGACCAAAGUGCAAUACUUCCACAUUCCACUGUACACUAUGUUCAUGCUCUAAUAAAAACAUCUAUUUAUUCA